AUGGCCACCGAGCGUGAAAGCAAGACCUUCCUGGCCCGCCUCUGCGAGCAGGCCGAGCGCUACGAUGAGAUGGUCACCUACAUGAAGGAGGUGGCUAAGCUGGGCGGAGAGCUCACCGUUGACGAGCGUAACCUCCUCAGCGUCGCCUACAAGAACGUUGUCGGCACCCGACGUGCCUCGUGGCGCAUCAUCUCCUCGAUCGAGCAGAAGGAGGAAUCUAAGGGCUCCGACAAGCACGUCUCCACCAUCAAGGACUACCGCAACAAGAUCGAGACCGAGCUCGAGAAGGUUUGCCAGGAUGUUCUCGAUGUCCUCGACGACUUCCUCAUCCCCAACGCCGCCACCGGCGAGUCCAAGGUCUUCUACCACAAGAUGAAGGGUGACUACCACCGUUACCUCGCCGAAUUUGCCUCUGGUGAGAAGCGCAAGGGUGCUGCUACCGCUGCCCACGAUGCUUAUAAGAGCGCUACCGAUGUUGCCCAGACUGAGCUCACUCCCACUCACCCCAUCCGUCUGGGUCUCGCUCUCAACUUCUCCGUCUUCUACUACGAGAUCUUGAACUCCCCCGACCGUGCUUGCCACCUCGCGAAGCAGGCCUUCGACGAUGCUAUUGCCGAGCUCGACUCCCUCUCUGAGGAGUCUUACCGCGACAGCACCCUGAUCAUGCAGCUCCUCCGAGACAACCUCACCCUCUGGACUUCUAGCGACAGCGCUGAGGGCGAGGCCGCUGGUGCUGCCGAUGCUGCCAAGAAGGAGGAGGGCGAGGCUGGCAAGCCCGCUGAGCCUGCCGCCGCCCCUGCUGAGGAGCCUGCGCCUGCUGCUGCCUCCUAA